AUGGAGACGGCGCGGGCGGGCACUACACUCAAACAAGGCGGUUUUCAAUUGUGGGAAAGAGAGCUCUUGGAAAGUCCAGAAGUCAGGCGAAAGUCCACAGUCGCUCAGCUCUACUUUCUCGAUUACUACUUCCAGGCACUGGGCUAUCUUGCCGCACGUAAGGACCGGCGUGCCAAAUUCGACGCAGACACCGCGGCUCGUAAACUGUCUGCCGCCGAGUAUGCUAAGGAGUACAAGUCGUACUGUGGACGAGAGCGCGUUGUCCUGAGGAAGCGGCGCACAAAACUGAAAGUCGAUCAGUUCCAUAUUAUUGCACAAGUCGGACAGGGCGGCUAUGGCGAGGUCUACUUGGCACGAAAGCAAGAAACUGGAGAAGUGUGCGCAUUGAAGAAGAUGCGCAAACGCACAUUGUUCAAGAUGGACGAGAUCAGACAUGUUCUGGUUGAACGCGAUAUCCUAACGGCGACAAAAACACCUUGGCUUGUGCGGCUGCUAUACGCUUUCCAGGACCCUUCGUACGUCUACCUCGCGAUGGAAUACGUUCCAGGCGGAGACUUCAGAACUUUACUCAACAACUCAGGCGUACUCAAGGAGGAGCAUGCGCGGUUUUAUAUAACAGAAAUGUUUGCAGGGGUGAAUGAGUUGCAUAAGCUAGGCUACAUCCACCGUGAUCUGAAACCAGAGAACUUUUUGGUUGACGGCACUGGCCAUGUGAAAUUGACAGACUUCGGUCUCGCAACGGGAGCGCUUAAUCCUCAGCGUAUCGAAUCCCUCAAAGUAAAGCUCGAUAAAGUGAAAGACAAUCAAAUCAUUCAUCGGUCCACCCUAGAAAGACGGUCCAUUUACCGAUCUAUCCGGAACUCAGACCCUCGGUACGCUGACUCGAUUGUCGGUUCGCCGGACUACAUGGCACCGGAGGUUCUCCGCGGUAAACCGUACACAUUCUCCGUCGACUAUUGGUCCCUGGGUUGUAUUCUCUUCGAAUUCCUGGCCGGUUUCCCUCCAUUUAGUGGCAGCACACCGGAGGAGACAUGGACCAACCUCAAGAAUUGGACGAAGGUUCUCCGACGGCCCGAAUAUGACAAGCCUGAAGAUCUGAUCUUCAACCUCUCCGACACUGCAUGGGACGCCGUGACACGGUUGAUUGCCCAUGCCAGCUCGCGGUACGCGACGUUGUCGCAAAUUGCAAGCCAUCCCUUCUUCGACGGCGUCAAAUGGGACAACCUACGUUCCACCAAGGCCCCGUUCGUGCCCGCCCUCGAUUCGGAAAUCGAUACCGGGUACUAUGACGACUUCACCUCGCCAGAAGACAUGGCCAAGUACGCCGAGGUCAGGGAGAAGCAGAAGAACGUCGAUCGGGUCAGAGAGAAGGACGAGCCGUUCGCACGCGGUGUGUGGGUCGGCUUCACGUUCGGGAAGAAUGGGCCAAACGUGAAAGCCUUCAAUGCCAUCGGUGGGGGAUCUGACGGCCACGAGAUGAUGGCUACUAUCUUUUAA